AUGAAUACCUCAGACAGCUUGUGGAGCCUGAAAAUUGAAACAGCCGUGUUUUGGUGUCAGACAAUCAGUCACGGGACGCCCCUCAUUUAUCCAACACUGCUCUUCUGUCCAAGCACCUAUCCAUCCAUACCCCCACCCCUUCCACCACCAAACCCAGCCCUCCUCCUCAUCCGUGCUCCAGGCAGCGGGACCAUCCUGUUGGGACGCAGCCUAUGGAACGGCACAGUGCCAGUCCCUCCCAGACACUGUCCAUCCAUCUCCAGACAUGGACAAGCCGAGCCAAAGGAGAUUUUUUAG